ACAGUGAACAGUGAGCCUGCGUAGUGAGAAGGUCUAGUGUUCUCGUGGGCGCCCCGCUGCUACGCGCUAUGGUGUUGCCUUGACCGAGCUACUGAUUCACGGGGGAUUUUUUUUUUCUGUGUGUGUUGGAGGUUGUGUGGUUGUGCGUGCCAUUGCCGGGGUGGUGUGGUGUGUGAGGAGGGCGCGUCGUGCAUCGUGCCAGCCGUGCCAUGUGUGCAAUACGUACUGAGUGUGUUUGCUUGGAUCCUGACAGCUCCUUGCUCCUCGGCCGCCUGAGAUAAGCGCACUGGGUGGUGGUGUGCCUUCCCACGGCGUCGAGUGUGCCGCAGGAGUGUGUUUGCCAUGAUUCAGAGGCGAAGUGUAACCUAAGAAUAGCAGUAAAAGUCAAGGAGUGGCGAGCGAGCGUUGAGUAACGGCGUGAGGCAGGGCCCGUCCUGUCGCUGUGCCAAAUUGGCCUCCAGUGCCUAGGAGCGCCACUACCCAUACCCCUCACCCCUACCCAUCACCAUACCCACGCCUGCCAGCCUGCCGUACCCUGUGUAGCUGACGUAAGGCCGCCUCGUAACUCACACUGACUCAAGUAAAUCAUCGAGGUGAGGAAGGACCUGAAGACCUGCAGAGGAGAGGCGAGACGAGGCGAGGCGCGUGUGUGUGUGUGUGUGCGUGAAGGCCGAGGCACGUCCGCUGAGGGUGGUGUUGUUUACAGUGCAAGGAUUACAGUGGUGAGGUGAGGGGAGCCAGCCAGCCAGCCAGCAAGCCAUCCACCCAACCACCCAGCCAGGCAGCCACGGUGGAGCCUCCUGUACACCCCCCACACCCAUGUUGCACCCCACCCUUGCCCUCUGACGCGCCCCCCUCCACGCCCACGGCCAUGAGGAGUCAGCACGGUACCGGCGAGUCACAGGUGCGGCUGGGAGUGGAGCUGUGGGAGGUAGGUGAGCCCCUGGCCCCGGGCGAGGCGGACCCCGGCGGUGGUGAGGGCGUUGGGGGCGGCUUGAACCCCCCGGGACCCUCCCAGGGGGGGACAGGCGUCCCUGGCACCACCCGCAGCAACUCUUCCCGUAGCGACACCUCAUCUUCGGAAGCCUCGUCCUCGUCGAGCGGAUCCUCCUCGGGGGCCCUGCGCCGCCCCUGCCUGCUCACGGCGCUCUCUGACCCCGGCUACGAGUCUGCGCACCCGCCGGACGACGAGCGCGAGGACGCCGAGCGGCGGCGGCGGCGGGAGUGCUGCCAGGGCGGGGAGGACAUGUCUCUGAGGGAGCGAUGCGAGGGGCGCGAGGGCUCCCCGCUGCACCAGGGCCUCACGCGCUCCCGUUCCUUCGGGGGCCUGCUCACCCAUCGCCGCUCGGGCUCCGGCGCCGGCUCUCCGCAGCAGGCGGCGGCCAGGGCGGGGUGGGCGGGGCAGGGUGUGCUGGGCCAGACGGGCUCGUCACCCAGGGACGUGCGCCGCGUGCUGGCGCUGCCGCCCCACGUCAAGGUGCCGAAGUCCCCGCGGCCGGAGCGCGCCUCGCAGAUCAGCAGCAGCGUGGCUCACGGCCUCAAGGACUGCGUGGGCGUCACCAAGCAGGACCUGGAGGCGCUGCACCAGGUGUCCCAGGAUGCACACCUGCACCAGCAGUCUCAGGGGCGACUGUAUGAGGUGGAGAAGCAAAUCAAGGCGGCGGAGCGCUACCUCAAGCGAGUGGAGUACCACCUGAGCAAGCUGGAAGACCUGCAGGACCAGUACACCCUCCACCAGAAGCUCAGGGAUGGGGUGCGGUCAAUGGCUUAUGCGUACGCCCUGUCCCCGGGGAAGGAAAAGGCGUCGGCGCUGAGCAAUGUGCGGUCCGGCUACAGGGAGUGCACCGAGACCCUGUGUGCCCUGGAGGUGAAGAUUGAGCAGCUCAUCGGCACACUCACUCUGGAGAUGAAAGGAAUCCAGGGGUUUGCUCGGCUGUGUCCAGGAGACGUGUUCGAGGUGACGCUGAAGCACGGCACACAGAAGUGGAAGUCCCGAGGGCGGGUGUGCAAGGACAAUACUCAGACGUGGGACAACCAGCGCACCGUCAUCAAGGGACUCAUUGGCGAGAUGCUGCUGAUCAAGGCGGUGGAGGUGCGGGUGCUGGGCAAGACGGUGGUGAUCGGCAACAAGGUGUGUGAGACCAAGGAUUUGUUCUCCCCACACCCGCAGCUCAUGACCGUCAACCUCAACCCUUCCGGCUCACUCAAGCUCAACCUGGUCAUCACCUGGAAUCCUCUCGAUGGAGUGAUAGAGGAUGGACUGAUGAGGACGCCCAGCAUGUCUGCCACUUCCCCGGGCAACAAGAGGCGCCUGCCCGUCCUGCAUCCUCUCAGCUCCUCGCCCCCAAACACUGUUGCUGGUGUUCCCUCUGGCAAGGACAGCAACUUGUCCCCAGAGUGUGAUCAUGACAGCAGCUUUGGCAGCAUGUCCGCACGAAGCUCAACAGCCGACAGCGCCAGUCCCCUGUCUGAGUACCGGGGCCUCCUGUCCUCCCACGCCGCCCUGUCCACCCGCACCGACAGCAACAGUCCCGUGUCAGAUUACCAGGGCCUGUCCAGGAGAAGUGACAGCCAGGACUCAAUACUGUUUGACGGCCGGGACUCUGCCAGCCCUCAGUGCGACAACACCGGUAACUUCACUCUGGUGCGCAAGAAGGAGAGUCGGGUGGAGCAGUGGGCCAGAUACUCCCAGUUCAGCAUCUCGCAAGGCUCCAACAUGGAUAUGAUGUCGCGCUCCUUCUCUCACCUCUCAUCCUACUCCACCGGCCUCUCCCCCACCAUGUCACAGUCCCUCUCACAGCAGUUGGACCUCCUGGCCACUGAACCAGAGUCCUUCAAGUGGGGAGAGGGACACACCUGGGAUGAGGCCAACCCACCCAUGACCCUGAAGAAGGUUGUGAGUCGGCUGCGGACUUGCCUGGAGGACAUUCAAGGACAGUUCCCGCAGCUGCACACGCUGGAGGAGGCAGUGCUGGACCUGGAUGACAUGUGCAGGACGUGCAGCAGUAGGAGGGGGAGCAGUGCCUCAGACAUCAGCCUCUUGGUUGAGUCAGCCUUAGAAUGCUUUGAUUUCCUCAGUGCAGAGUGUGAUGAUAUUGAUGAUGAUGAUGAUCAUGGUGAUGAUGAUGAUGAGUAUUAUCCUGAAAACUGCCGCAGCCGCCGGGACAGCAACACCUCAGAGAUCAGCCUCUCGGUGGAGUCUGCCCUCGAGUGCUUUGACUUCCUGAACGCUGUCUGUGAUGACGACUUCGAGGACGACCAUCCUGAUGCAUGUGAGGAGAAGAAGAACAAGGAAACAGCAGCCCUGCUCGCAGCUUCCUGCCAGCCAGACACCAGCCAGCCUGUGGUCACCAGCAGUGCCCAGCUGGACCUCUUCCUCUACACACACCUCAGACAUGCCCUGCAGCUCCUACAGCACUUGGGUUCCUUUGGGCCGCUGAGGAGCCGUGAGCACCACUCCCUCAAGAAGCUGGAGGAGGAGGGGCGGUUGGUGGCGGGCGUGCUGGCUCAUCGACACAACUUUGACAGCCUCAAGCCACAGCACCUCAUCACUGUCCCUCAUGUGCAGGUGUUGUGGGACUCUGUGGCGGGCGGUGAUGACUGGUGUGUGACGGGCCAGGCGGUGGUGAGCGGCCUGCUGCAGGUGGUGUCGUCGCUGGUGGACCCCACAGUGCCCAACCUGGCCAGGAGAGUGCUGGAGGAGAUGGUGUGUGUCAUGACGGAUGCGGAGGAGUUUGAGGGCAAGGCGCUGGUGACGGUGGGCCACUUCCUGCACCACCUGCACCGCCCACUGGAGCAGACCGUCCCCCUCAUCGGCCAAAGCCUCACCACCGCUGAGCUGCUUCUCUCCGGCAACCUUAAGAAAGUGGAGGCAGGGCUGCACCAGAUCAAGGAACCCACAGCCCUGCACAUCAAGAUCAUCGGGCACCUUCUGGCAGGCCCCUCAGAGCUGCGGCACGUCACCACCACCUUUGUCAACAGUCUGGCCCACAACAACCAGCUCAUGCAGGUGAUUGUGGAGCUGUGCCUGCUGCUGCUGGAGUCCGGCCGCACCAGCAACAGGGAGGCAGCCUGUGUGCUGCUGGGGGUGCUGGCGCCGGUGGUACCGGAGAACACAGACAGGAAGGGAGAGGGCAAGAAAGCGGGUAAAAGCUCAAACAAGACCAAGAAACAUUCCCCGGCCCAGCAGAAGGAGGUGCCGGAGUGGCCUAGGCCCAUCGAGGUGCUGUCCUUCCUGCAGCAGAACGACCCAUCGGGGGAGGUGCGGGAGGCUGCCAGGCAGGCCCUGCUGAGCCUGGGCACUGAGGGCCAGUCGGCGCUGCAGCAGGUGCAGCUCUCCUCACACGGCUUCCAGGGUGUGGACAUGAAGGAGAAGGCCAAGGUGGCAGGCAAGGAGGGGUAGGCAGUCCCUCGGCUCCCAGGUGUGCUAUGGACUGCUGCAUCAACUCACCAGGAAGGAGUGGCCAGGUGUGCAGCGGUGGCCGGGGGAAGGAGAUGGCCAGGGAGGAAAAAGAGGCUGAGGGCCCACAGGUGUGCAGUGGACAGCUGCAUUGAGUGGGCAGGUGUUACCGGUGGCCAUGUGUGGUGUGUGUGUGUGGAAGGGUUGUGUUGGACUCAAGUCAAUCCAUGCCAUUAGCAGAUACUGUGCUGCUAACCAACGCCAGGAGCAGACCACCACCUCCCUCAUGCCCGGCGUGGGAGGAGAGAGAGAGAGAGAGAGAAACAGAGAGAGAGAAGCCUUGGUGGAAAUGCAGAGUGAAUGUCGUCUUGUCAAUAAUAUUUUAACUCAUUCCUAUUUUUCACAGUCUUUCUUACCUCUGUUCCAUUGAUAGCAAGCCUUUAAUAUUCUCAAUGUCAUAAGGUUCUUAGAGCAGAUCCUUGGUAAACUGUAGACUGUAGUAGCCAGACACCACCACUACUGCCACCUCCUCCUCCACCUCCUCCACUCCCUAAUACUUAUUUCAGGAAUUUGAGACUCAUUGUCCCCCAAAUCCAACCCACCCAAGACACCUCCAGCAGAUCAUUAUUAAUUUAAGUGGUUCCUUUGCAUUGUAACACUCUGUAAUGCCAGUACAAUACAGUGCAGAACAGUACAUACAUACAUCAGAUGUGAACACAAAACUUACGUGUAUCUGCUAAAAAUGAAACAAACAAAGAACAAUUAAUUUAUGUCUAAUUAAGGAAAUUUGAGUCUGAUUACUGAGACCCACCCAGCUUGUGAGGACCGGCUGUGUGUGUCUGGCACGCCACACGGCACAACAGGAAGCCCAGAGAGAGAGACAGAGAGAGGACGAGGAAGGCUGCUGCUCAAACCUCUUACAUCUGCAAAGGAGGAGAAAAGGAAAGAAAACUAACUCUCUUUACUGGUUUUGUCUUUCUGUAUGGGAAUGUACUGCAGAAUAUGAGCUGUAUGUUGUGAAGGUCCUUGGAAUCUUGGUGGUAGGAUUAUACAAGCAAUAGGGUGUGCCAGGGUGUGCUAAUGCUCCAGGGUGUGUGCCAGGGUGUGUUAAUGCUCCAGGGUGUGCCAGGGUGUGUUAAUGCUCCAGGGUGUGUCAGAGUGUGUGCCAGGGUGUGUGAGGUGAGCCGGACACACACAGCAGGUUGUCAGUGCUUGCUCAACACCCCAGACUGAACCUGUGACCUGUGGCUCGCACGCAGCUCAUCUCCACCACUCGCUCGGUGUUCUAAUGACAACGCGACGUGUAGAUACUCUCUCUCUCUCUUCAUGCCAUUUUUGUAUUCUUGCAUGUGCGGAUCUUGUUACAGUAUAUUUUUAUCCACUUCUUAUCUGUCUGUGUUAUAUACAUGUAUAAUUUCCACACUUAUCUAGUCCUGUAUAAUAUGUGAAGAAAAUUUUUAUUUGAUGUUUUUUAACCUUUUGUAUAAAUUCUUUCCAUUCUUUCUUCAGUCUCUCUUUCCCAUUGGCAGAUUUUGAUAUAUAAUGUUCAUAUUAGCUAAUUCUAUAUACCGGGACACUCUGGCCUGACAAAAACAGUGAAGCUUUCAUAUGAACCCCGACCGCGUGUCUGUGUCUUGCCCUCAGAGGCGAUACACUUUUCUGUUAUUUCAUUGCUUACUAUGAUGUCCAUAGUUACGUAUAUGCUACUACAGAAAUAGACCUUCCUUCCUUCCUUCCUUUUCCCCCCUUGUACAUAGUGUAUGUUGAAAAUAAUGUUGUUAACCUGUAUAUUUCUCUCCCUUAAUGUGUGGACAUAUUGUACACAGUCACAUUAUCUCCUAAAGUAAAGAAAUCCUAAAGUAA